AUGGCGAGGAAUUGGGUCCUCAAUUCCGAUUCUAGGCCUCCAAUGCUGAACGAAACGCCCGGCCUGGCCUGGGUGAGGCAACGGCCGUCUCCCACGGUCCACACGCUCGCCAGCCUCCCCUGCCAUCUGCCGACUCCAAAAUCCAAAUCCAUGGCCCUCCUCCGUGCGCCCCCGCCCUUCCGGCAGCCUCUCUCGCCAUCCUCCCGCUCCAGGCGCUGCCCCACAUGCCACGCAGUCGCCGCCACGGCCAGGCCAUGCCCCGGUCCCUCCUGGACCGGCGUCCAUGGAGGAGGCGGCGGCGCCAAGAAGAGGCUUCUUGCGAGCAGGAGGUGGCCGGGAGGGGUGGGGGUGCCUUCUCUCCUGGCCACAACGGAUGAGGGGGUCGCUGCUGCAGGCGUUGCGAGGGAGGAGGAUGACGACGACGAGUACCUGGCGCGGGAGGCCGGGUGGGGGGUGCGGCAGAUGGGGCGGGUCGGGGAGGAGAUGCGGCGGGUGGCGCAGGUCCAGGCCAAGGCCUUCCACGUCCCCGUCGCGCUCUUCAACGACUUCUUCUUCGACUUCUUCAAAGCCGAGGUGCUGUCCGCGCUUAUCUACAGAGUGAGGAACUCGCCUCCUGACAGAUAUGCUUGUUUGGUGGCUGAAGAAGCUGAGCCAACCACCCAGCUAUCACAGGCACCCUAUGAGAAAAUUGUCGGGGUCGUGGAUUGCACAGUGCAGGAUGAAGAUGACAUCCUUAAGCACCUCCAAGGCGCUGAUGAGUACCUCUACGUGUCUGGAAUUGCAGUACUACCAUCAUUCAGGAGGAGGAAGGUAGGGACUGCACUGCUGAAGGCCUGCGAGGCACUAGGGUUCCAAUGGAGGCACAGAUUCAUGGUUCUCAGGGCAUAUGAGGAUGACGAUGGCGCUCGAGGUCUCUACGCCAAAGCAGGGUACAGGGUUGUGUCAAGGGAUCCUGAUUGGGUCACCUGGGUAGGGAGGAGAAGGCGUGUUCUGAUGAUAAAAGAGUUGCCACUUCACGAUAACCAGAUAUAACAGCAAUGACCCCGGCAUGUUUAUAGAAUUGGUUGAUCCAUAUCCCCGGCUAAGCAUUGCUUCUUGUGCAUGCAUCAUGUACAUAUCUUUCUAGACUGUACAGGAAAGGUGCCUGUGUUUCCAUCAAGAAAAGAACAAAUUAUGGUGCAAACAAAUACACAAUGGCAACUAAAGUUACCUCUGAA